AUGGCAGCUCGCGAGGACGUGGGUCUGGAGAAGAACGAGUGGGACGUGGACACCUGCGCCGACUGCGUCGGCUGGGUCAGGGCCCAUGCGCCAGCCGCGUCGGUCAGCGAGUUGGCGGGUGGGCUCGCGACCGGCAAGGGGCUGUGCAAGGACAUCGCGGACAUCAAUGACAAGAAGGCCCACUUCGCUGGUCAGGAUGUCACGGUGACGGACGACAUGAGCGUCCAAGUGGAGGUGCGCGACGACUGCGAGCUGCUUCGGCGCCAGGACUUCGUCGAUCUUUGCGGCAAGACGCCGAAGCAGGCUGGCGCCCGGCCCGUCGACGUCCCGACCGCGGACAACAUCUCGCAGAGCACGACCUCCUACCUGAACCCCUUGAACGCCAGGAAGCGCAUGGAGGUGAUCAGCAUGUUCGGCGUUAGAGUAUCUGAGAUGAAAAUGAGACCCAAUAUGCAUUGCUUCAACAAGCAACCUAGCCCCCUCAUGAAGUACGCCGCGAAGAACAUCUUCAAGAGGCACGCCGUCGCCCUUCUUGGUCGUGGGAAGCGCUUCUGGGGCAGCGGCGCCCAGGUGGCCGCCGAGCACGCCGCCGCGGGCGCCGGGCUAGCCAGGUCGGGUUCGUUCGCGGUUGCCGAGGCGGGCAGCGCCGAGAAGGGUGCUUCCAAGGGCGAUGGCGAGUCAUUCAUGCAGGAGUCGGACGACGAAGUCGAUCAACCCGAUGGCGACGAUGACCCCGGGCGCGCGGGCGGGGCGCUUUCAAUGGCCGCGCCUGUGACGGGCGUCGCGCCUGCGAAGGGCGCUCGCUCGCCCCCGAGCGCCGUCGUUUUUGCGGGGGGCCAGGUCCAGGCCGAGGGCCCGGCGCCGUGGAACAAGUACUUCGCGGGCGAGGAGAAGCACCUCGUCAGCCAGAUGAACAUCCUCUUGCCGAAGCUCGACGCGCACUCGGCGAGGAAGCUACGCCUCCACAAGACUGCCAUGCAGCAGUGCCGGGAGAUCGUGGACGGCUCGGCCCAGGCAGUGCCUUGCAACGAGUUCGCAGAACAAGUGAAGGCCUUGGUUCCCUCGGUCGGGGAAUGGCCGCAAGAACAUCACCGCGUGCUACUGGAGUGCAACCUGAACCACCACAUGGCGGAGUCCGCGAGGACGGGCGGGGAGGUCCACGCCGAGAAAGCUUUGGAAGUCGCAAAAUUGUUCACGGUCGGCGAGGGGAAGGAGGAGAGUUUCAACCCCCUGAAGCCCAUGCUGGCCCAGAGUUCCCUGUCGGAUUCCGAGCGGGCGGAUUUCUUCGUGAACGAGGUGUUCGGCAAGAAGGUCGCCGAGUGGAUCGAGGACGGGGUAAACGGGGGCCCCCUUAUUUCGACGUUUGCUCAGGUGGCCAUCAAGGCGAUGAAGAUCUCAGAGGGCGGCAACGUCGGUGAGAAGGCAUGCUACGCGCUGCGGGCGGCAACUCGUGCGCUGCAGGUUUACAACGACGCGGGCACGAGCUUGGAGGCGUCCGCGAAGACUGUCGCGGCCUCGUCUGCGUGGCAGACCGUGGAAUGCUGGGCAAUGGAAGAGGUUGGGCCGAUAAUUCAAGUAACCAUCGACAGCCUCUUCAGCAUCGUGGAGCCCACGGCUGCUAACGCCAAGAAGAUCGGUGCCAUCGUCGAGGCCAUCCCGCAUUGCCAUGCCAAAGGCGUGAAAGACCUCGCCGGGAAAUUGGAGUUCAAAGUCAACGAGAAGGCGUGCGAGCUCAUUUCCGCGGCCGCCAAGGCCGCUGCUGGCCUCGGCGAGUCAGGCAACGGCUCCGACCCGAGCAGCCUCGGCAUUGAGGACUUGAACGCGUCCGUCACUCUCGCGAGGAAGAUCACCCAGAACUGCGUGGAAACGGAGGCCUUCAUUCUCGCGAACAACGCCCUGCAGCUGAUCAAGGAUGAGGUUCGCGCGAGGGUCAAGGAAGUGGUCGAUUCGGUGAUCGAGUCACCUCGCGCCGCCGAUGCCACGAACACGGCCAACCUCACUCAGGUGGUUUCGUUCGUCUCCGCGAUGGUGCCUUUUGUCCCAGUCGACCACGAGAUGACCUACCAGAACAUCAACUCCGCGCUGAAGCUGUGCAAGGGCGUCAGUGCAAGUCUCGCUGCUUUGGGGGGCGUCGAGAUGACCGUGACCUGCUACGCUGGCAUGGAUGCGCAGAGGCUCCUGAGCGAACUCCAGCGGGGGCACCUGCGCCUGAAGAGUGGCACGAACGCGCUCGACAAGGCCCCGAAGGUCCUUGAGGCGCGCGAGCUCAUGUCGCAGGAGGCCGCCGAGAAGAGCGCCAAGGUCGCGAGCGACAUCGAGACCGCGACCGCAGACCAUAUCCAUAGCAUCACGAAGAAGGUCGCCUUCGCCAAGGAGAACGACUCCUCCAUCAGGAUGGCGAGCAUGCUGAGGGAUGCCGAGUCCGUGGCCGACGUCAAGAAGCAGACGCCCAAGGAGUUCCUCGAGGUCGACGCCGACUUAAUCGCGACGGCCGCCGUCACGAUGAAGAAGCGCGUGGGCGAGCGCGGCUCGUUUCUUCAGAGCUCCGAGCUCGGCGCCAACGAGUUCGCAGGCGAUGUGGGUAUCCCCUGCGACGGGGCGUUCGCCAUGGUUGGCGUUCAGAAGAUUCCGAGGCCGCUCAUGUGCGAGUCUGUGGCUAAG